CCCUCAUCAUCGGCCACCGUGUUCCAGAAGGGGAUCAAACAUGGGAAGUAAUCCUUGAGCUGAAAGACUUGGUUGAGCUCUUAGCGACUCCAAAUCACACUGAAGACUCCCUGUGUUAUUUGCAGUCCAAAAUAUCGGAUCAUAGACAGUUACUACUGACAGUUUUCCCGGAUUACAAAUUGCGCCCCAAACAUCACUUUAUUGAACAUUAUCCUUGCCUUAUUAAAAGAUAUGGAUCCUUAAUAGAGUGUUGGACAAUCAGGUUUGAGGCUAAGCAUUCUUUCUUUAAGAAGGUAGUGCGUGAUGCCAAUAACUUUAAAAACAUUCUGCUUACCCUUGCCUCAAGACACCAACUUAUGCUGGCAUAUUAUCUUGAAAUGCCCAACAUUUUCAAGCCUGAGAUUGAGACAGCAAAAGUGACUGAUGUGUGCCUGGGAGUCUUAGAUGGUGGUCUUAGACUAGCAAUCUUGAAUAGAUUCAGUGAUGUUGACACAGUUGGACUGACCCCCUAAAAUCUUCUUAAAUGGAAUGCAGUAUUCAAAGGGAAUGAUACUUUCUGUUGGAAGUACAAGUGGACUACCCAACUUCGGAAGGAUUUUGGAAAUAUGCAUUGUGCUGGCUGGUCAUGUUUGUUUCUUCGUUGAACCUUUUUCGACUUACUAUGUGGAGCAUUUGAGGAGUUACCAUCUUGUGAAGAAAAGUCCUGCUGAGUGUCUCUUGGUGAAACCAGAGGAUCUCAAUGACUACAUGCCACUUGUGUCAUACCUUGUCCAGGGUCGCCUGUUAACCACUCCUAGAACAUUCUUGCUGAAUUAAGGCUGCUGCCGAAGUGAUCCACGAUGCUGCUGCGAGUUAUCCUCUCUGAGAUGGAUAUCAGGCGCCUUUCCAUUGAAAUCACCCCCCCUAGUGUUGAUGCACUGUGCCAGGUGUUGCGUGCAAACCUUGGCCUGAGAGGUGGAUUUAUUUUACAAUUUGAGGACCCUGCUUUCAAGGAUCAGCUGACCAAUUUGACCGACAUCCGAGACCUUCCUGAGGAGAGAGCAACAUUGAAAGUGUUGUUCACAGCUGAUGCAGCUUGCUCUGAUUCCACAUUGGAUACAGCCAGCCUUCCAUCUCUCAGUAGUGGGGAAUCUGACUCCCAGCACUGGCCUGAGCCCUUCCUGAUUCCUGAGUUCUCACAUGAUGUUGAACUCACGCUGCAAGAAGCAAAUGGAAGAUAUGCAAAAGAUGGAUCUGUGCUGGUGAUUCCCAAAGGUAUGAAAACUGAUAUACUGGACACACUUGCAGACAGCAUGUCAAAGAUUAGUCCUUAUCCUGAGAGGCAACACUAUGAGAAUGUUGCCAAAGCGCUUGUGGAGAAGCAUCCCAGUCUAAAAGAGCCAAGUUCUGGAAAUGGUUGGUACGGCUGGUUCCACAGCCUGAAGUUUAAGCUCGGAAACUAUCGACAGAAGUUAAGUGCAGCUGGAUGCCCAGAGGUAAGGGUCAACAAAAGAAAAGGAGAAGAAGCCAAGGGGCCACGUUUGAAGAAGUCAAAGAAGGGCGAGGUCCACUACUGUCCAGAUCCACCUGAAGGACUGAGUGAUGAAGACAUGGAAGAAAAGCGGAGGAUGAUGGAGGUGGAAGUGCUGAAAAAAGAUGCAGAUUACCACCAGAUAGAAGAGCUGAUGUCUGCCACGUUCUCCAAGCGCAGAAAGGAGAUCGUAGGGGAUCAACCUCUCAUUCGGGAUGUCAUAGCUAGAUGGCCGGCCAUGUUCUGUGAGAGACAGGUUCGGGCAGAAUUCAAAAGAGUUGUAAGCACAGACCUUCUCGAGACGUUCCUCGACGGACUUGAUGACCUGUCACCAAGACUGCUGGAAGUGUACGAAGCAGCGACCAAAUCGGCAAAGAAGCCUGCACUGAAAGCCAUUUUGGACUUUCUGAAGAAAGACGACACAAACGAAAGGAGAAGGACUGCUGCUCUGCUGGGUCUGCCACACUACCUAAAAGAAGAGCCAUCAGACAUCAUCAGGAUGUGUGACGCCUAUGGUGAGACUCUGGCUGCAGCCAUGGAAGGGAUGCAACUUGGCCUGUUGAUAGGCUAUGAAGGUGACAACCAGGAUGCCUUUCCACGUGAGCUCUUCAAUGUGGCAGUUGUAGUUGAGGAGACUGUUGUGCUUCACAACUUCAAGGAUGUGGCAUUCAGCUUUGCCAUGCUUUUGGGGAUUAUCUACUGCGUUAACCUUGAGUAUCCACGAGCCAUGAAGUAUUCCUUUGAGUUCCUUCAGAGGGUAGUGAUGAAGAUCAAACCAGAUCACGGCAUCCGAAACAAGCUCCUGAGGUAUAAUUUGUAAACCAUGCCCCACCAGAUAAUAGGAUUGGAAAUCUUUUUUUUUCUUUUUCUUUUUUUUCCCCAUUUGUUUCUGUUGACAUGCAAACCAAAGUUGAAGGCAAAAGCACUUAAGCAAACAGGAGAGGAGCCCUGAUUUUUUUUUUUUUUUUUUUUUUUGGAUUUACUUUUGUUGGACUGAAUACAUUUAAUGCUGAAUAUUGUUCAAAUAAUGGGGUCAACGUAUACUGUAUUCAAGUUUCAAAUAUUUGAAAACAACCAGCUGCAGUCUGAAGUUUUAGUUUGUGUUUGGGGUUCAGCACAGCUUUUGGUAUAAGUCAGCUGGAUCUGUGAGAUUAAUGUUAAAAGGUUUUUUAAAUGUUUACCUUUAAAACCUGUUCAAUAUUUCAGUGUUGUGUAAGGAAAAAAGCUAAUGCUUUUAAAGGAAUGUAUUUUCUAUUGGGUGAAUAUGAAUAGUGUUCAGUACAGCUUUGGGUGACCUAAUAUGACAAGCAGAGGGGUGUGCACACGCAUAGAAGGUGAGAUGCUUCCUGCAGUGAUCAUCAGUCAACUUAACCUCAUUAGGUCACACAACAAUAACAAUGCUAAACAACUUAGAUGACAGGCUGUUUUUUUUUUUUUUUUUUUUUUUGGGGGGGGGGUGCUGAAUAUAGAUAUCUAUACUGCUGUAUGUUUCUAUUGGUCUAUCUAGCCUACAUUCAUCAUGACCAACGUUUUGGUUGACAACAGGCAGUGCAGACAACUUCAGGAAAUACACACACCUUCUAUACACACACAGUGAUAAAAACUUGUGGAGUCUGCUUGGGAUACCCCCUCAUGGUGUAAGCUCAUGCACAACCUUUCUAUUUAUCUUAGCCUCAUUAUGUGACCCACACCCAACUGAAGUUUUGUACCAAAAAAAGUAUUGAUUGCAAGUUUGAGAUUGCAUGAUUGAAGUGUUUGUAUAGCUUCUAUUGGAUUAACAUUGGUUUUAAUAAAAAAAAAAAGUUUUGUACUCAAAUUUGUCUGUUUUUAUACUUAAGUUAAAACAAGACAUUCUUUUAGAUCAUAUUAACUUGA